AUGUUUAAGAGGCUGGCCAAGCAGCUGAUACAGGAGCUGGACUCCGAAAAGAAGCUAAUUCCUCUGACUAGCCUGGCAUAUGCUGAGAACUUCCGGCCCCUCUCUUUGGUGACGAAAGAUCAAUCCAAGUUGCCUUGGCAUAGUCGGAAAUAUUCCCCAACUCCUUUCAAGUUGGCAGACAUACUCCCGGAAGGAGAGACAAUGGAAAUAGAGCUGAAACACUCUGAGCCGCUCCUGUUUUCUGCAAACGUGUGCAAAAAAUCCGGAGCAAGGCUGAACCUUAAGAUACGGUCUGCAGGUAUGGACAUUGGUGGCUUGGGUGCCACUUGUUUAUCUACUUCGCCAAUGUCAGUGAGGAAAACCUACGUGGAUACCAGAGACCUGUGGAAAGUCAAGAAGACAUCCCUUAGCUUGAUCCAACAAAAGUACCCAAAGCUGCAGUUCUAUGUUGUGACAGAGGUUUUUGAAAUAAUGGAGCCGCUGCUGAUUGAAGAAAUUGUCCAAGGAGGAGGCAAGGGAGAGGUGACUGCCGUGGAGAUAUUUAAAAUACAGGGUCUGGACUCAAGAAUGAAAAGAAAGUACUUGCAGAUCCCCUGUGGCACAGUGGUGGCCUAUGUGGUAGAGAAGCUCCAGACUCCCGAGGAUAACUUGACACUUUACUGCCUGCGGCUUCGGGCAGUGUCAGUUACCAGCCUCACUUAUGAUGCAUUCCAGGAUGAACUGGGCUCUUCACUGACAGCUGUCCAGCAAGUGAAAGACACAGUCAAAGAGGCCUACGAGCCGCUGACGUGCCUGAGCCAGGCCUUGAAGAUUCAUUUUCUGGAGUUCUUUGGGAUUUUCCUGCAGGAUGGAGAUGUCGCCUCCACUGUUCAGUCAGUGCUGGAGCUUUCCCUGGCAGGAGACAUUGCUGAUCGCUCUAUGUUGGCGAUGUUGAAUGAGGACUUCCGGCCUCAGGUGGAAACCCUGCUUUCCCACUUAGGGAUUUUCCAAGCUAUCAAGGGAAGAGAAAGCCGUGAUCUUUGGGGACCUGCGCAUUUCCUCUGCUCCUCUCUAGAUGACUUGGACUACGAGAUAAUGCCCCUGUUAGAGGCCACUUUGGAGAAGAAGAAAAUAGCCAAGCAUCUGGAAAUUAUGGCUGGUGUUUUGGAGUGGAUUCUUUCUGGAGAGGAAGGAAGCGUUUUUGCUAGUCCACUCCAUUCCUUGACAGAUGAAGAAGCAGAUUUAGCUGCUGAGAUGUUGCAGAUCUGUGGGCUGGACUCAGAAACCAGGAAAGGAUCCAUCAUCUACCUGUGGAACAACGAAGCACGUUCUGAACUGGCUGCUCUCUACUCAAGCUUAUAUGCCUUGCAGAUCUUAAGUGGAUGA